AUGAAAAAUCUGCAAAACGAUCCAGAAGCUAUGAAGAAGAUGGGAGAAAAACUAAUCAAGCAUAUCAGCAAAAACCAAAAGGGUAAACAUCCGGAAAUGUUUCCUGUUGCAGGGACAAUUAUAAGGUAA